CAUCUGUUCGCCAUGGUGACCAUCCGUCGAUGUCUUGGCGACCUUCCCCCGGAGUUGACGCAGCAGAUUGCUUCCAACAUCUCGCCUAGCAGCCUCUUGGAUUUUCGACAAACCUGCAAGCGAUUCAACACCGAGACAUUGGAUCACUUUAUAAAGCAUUUUUUCACUACAAGAUGCUUCAUUCUGGAGCGACGGAGCCUGGAAAAUCUGGUCGAAAUUUCCCGUCACGAUGUGUUCGGCCCGGCUGUUCACCGCCUACACGUUGUUCUUAAUCAUAUCUCGACGAAACACGAGACAUUGAUGUUCAAUGACUCUUUCGCAUUGUUCGAAGUAGAUCCUGGACCUAACUGGGAAGCGCAUCAACGCUUCUUGGAUGAGCAAUCGGACAUGGCUUCUACUGGCCUUGACAUCGCCUACCUAUCAGCCGCCAUGGCCAACUUCAUCAAUUGUCGGGCAAUCUAUGUUAUGGAUUGGGGAUCCAGUGAGCAGGAAUCACCACCUUGGGGUCUUUCCCAACUGGAAAACGAGAUCCGCUUCGAGCUUGAACCAUGGGUUAUGAGACCCAGUGGUGUUGUCUUUGCCAAGCGUGCAAUCGUGGCAUUGCUAUCAGCAGUCAUAGGAAGCCGCCUAGCACUCGAACGCCUUAGGAUCGACCUCGCCCAUUUCCCAUUCACCCAAUUCAGUGUACCAAGUUCGCUUCCGCACACCGCACUGUGUAUUCCGCAGCUAUUGGCAAUUCGAACGCCUGACGCCCUUCGUCAUGUUUCAACGCUGCAUUUACUACUCUCAUCCGAACACAUGGAAGAUAUUGAGCUUGGGUUGGUGUCAAAUGGCUGGGCUUCGGAUGUUGCAGACUUUAUCCAUCUGUUCCCAUCCGUCUCCGACCUUACCCUCCAAGUUCACACACCCAGGGAAGAUUCAAACUACAUCAACCUUUGGGAGAUCUCUACAAUAUACAUCCCUGUCUUGAAAUCCCUGGUCCUCUCAGGCUUCGAAGGUGAGGGCGGAGAUUUGGUUGAUCUGUUGCGCCGGCAUGGUGCGAGCUUGAACGACCUGGAUUUGGGAAACAUCAAUCUGGUCCAGAGCGAGAGCAAUUGGUCAGAUAUCGUUCAAGUUGUGCGAGACGAACUGGGCGAUUGCAAAAUUCAAAUAACGGACUGUGAAUUUGAAGGCCAAUAUCUGGAGAUCGCCGACUAUUCCUGCGCUGAUUUCUCUUCAUUUAUUGCUUUCUUGCAAGCAACAACCCGCGAAGAACUCACCGAGCUCCAUGACAAGGUAGUCGAUUUAGAGAUUUGA